AUGCUCUCCCGAAAAGGACUCGCUUUUCUUCUUCUCGUCUUCUCCGUCGUCGAUGGAUUCAUUGUGAUUCCGACCAGCUUCGGGAAGGUUCGAGGAUUGGCAAUCAAAGAUCCACGUGGCAACGACAAAUACGUUUUCAAGGUGAGUAAAAACCAAACAAGCUUUAUUUUCAGGCGUUGCCCUUUUCAGAGUGUUCCAUUCGCAAAGCCGCCACUCGGAAAGUACCGUUUCGCUCUUCCUCAAGACCCGGAACCAUGGGAUGACAUCAAGAAAGCCACCGAGUACAGGUAGGUGCGGUUUCGAUGAUAACUAGUUUGAAUGUAUGUUAUCACCGUUCCCGAACUUGCAGUGCUGCCUGCAUGAGCAACUCAUCCCAGACCACGACUCCUCAAAAAUAUGUGAGCGAGGACUGCCUGUACGUGAACAUCUUCACGAGUAAACAAUGUCUGGUGAGACUACAGUGUCAUGCAGUUCGUCAUGAGUCUGUCUGUCUUCAGGAUAAACAGUGCCCUGUCAUCGUGUACUAUCACGGCGGCGCAUUCAAUUUGGAUUCGGCUACCAUGUUCCCGGACAGAUUCAUCAUUGACAGAUACGUCGCGGAAGGUGUGGUCUUUGCGAUACCGGCGUUUCGUCUUGGAGUCUUCGGACAAUUGUACUUUGGUCAGCGUAGUGUUCUGAGAGAGAAUUUGUUCAUGUUCGGUGAGAAUUUACAGCAGUUAAAAGAAAACAUUGUUGUUGUAGACGUCGUAAAGUCCCUCAACUUUGUUCACAACGAGAUACACAACUUCGGAGGUGACCCAGACCGGGUCACAGUGAUGGGACACUCUUCCGGUGGCACGAUCGUCGACGCUCUUGGCUUUUCUAGGUGACAUCACGAAAACAUUUCAUGAAAAGAAAACCAAGUCAAUAUAUCUUUCAGUAUCAUCGACCCGGGCCUGAAUCUCUUCCAGAAAACGAUAGUGCUUUCGGCGCCUGGUCUCUUUGCGUAUCCAGAUGUCGUGGUCCAAAACUCGUUCACUUUUGCCGAAAAACUAAACGUCAGUUUGAAAUAUUCUAGGGCGUAAGCGCAAAACAAUGUUUCAGUGCUACCAAUCAACUGAGGAAGAGGCAAACAUUCCCGAGAUUCUCAACUGCCUUCGUCGCAUUGAUGGCUUUGAACUUCUCCGAACUCAGCGUCUGAUGGAAGAGCAAGGCAAGCAGAACUUCAGAGGAAUCAUCCGUGGUGCUCCGUUUAUGGAGUUCAAUGGAAAGAUUGCAGAUUUGAAGCGAAACACCCCGGUAAUUGCAAAGGACUUCAAAACCCACACCUAAAUAUGUCAUUUGAGAAGCGCAAAAUGAUUUACGGAGUCACCGAAAACGAGUUCCGAACAGUGAGUUUCGUAAAUCCCUACAUUCCCGGAUGUUUCCUGGAUUACGAGAACCCAAUUGAAGUCUCCGAAUACUUUAUUGAACAGUUUGCCGAUCAUUGUAAAGUGUACUCAAGAAAACCCCAAAAAUUAUGUAAAAUUUCAGGGAAAGAAUGGGCCAAUAGCGAUUCCGCGGCAGUUUUUGUGUCUGCCGCCACGUACUCAAAAGCUCUGACAGAAGCAGGAGGAGAGGUGUACUUGUUCGAGACCAGACAGAAACCGUACAGUUUCCACGUCUCUGACAUGCAAUAUUUCAUAGGCCUGCAUCGUGAAGUACUUCACGAACCCGACAUGGAUGUUCUUGACACAUUCUACUCCAAAUUGCUUGUCAACUUUACCAAGUUCGACGUUCCUUCUCCAGGUACUUACUAAAUAGAAUUUGAUUCAAAAUGUUACGUAAUUUCAGAAUGGGAAACGCUGGAUCCGGUCAGAAUGAAUUUUCUCGCUCUGGAAGUCGAUACCACACUCCACAUCGGACCGCAGAUGAUGGAUGGAUUUCACAGAAACGAAACGGAUCUCUGGUUGCAAGACAUGGUCAAAUUUGACAAAUCGGUUUCAGAAAAGGUGACAGCUCAUAGUUUCUACUAAGCAAAAUGAAAAACUUUCAGAAAAAACAACAGCUGCGAAUUGGCAAAACUGAUGAAAAACUUCCAUUUGCAUCUAAAAAGAAGGACAUUCCGACCCUCACUAUCAUGUAUAUUGUCGUAUCUUCCACGAUGUUGUUAAUCGCCUUUCUCGUUAUUUCCCGUGCUUCCAAACAAAACUCUGAACGGAAGGGAGUUUUCGCUGAUAUCAGAAGUCCGCUGAGCUCCAAAACUUAUUUUCGGGAAUAAUGAAAUAAUUGUAUGUAUGUAAUGAAAUAACAACAUCACGUGAUCAUGUAUGACAUUAAAACGACUACAAACAAGCACAUGAACAGUCUGCCCAAUCGAGACGACCAAGUCAUGAAAAUAGCGUUAUCAGUAAGCGCUUUAAGUGGAGGGAAUUGUGAAAAAAACUCAGUUUUAGCGAUGACGAGAAUGCUAUUACUUUUUUUGCUUCUUUGUGCCACAACCUCUGGACUACAGGUUGUGACGACUAGCUAUGGAAAAGUUCGAGGGAUCACUGAUUUCUCUGAUCGAAACAAUCACAAGUACAUGUUCAAAGUGAGAUUUCUGUCUUUAUUUGAUUUGUGCGCAUCACUUGUACAUUCAGGCAAUUCCAUUCGCGAAGCCUCCCAUCGGAAAGUUGAGAUUCGCACUUCCAGAAAAUCCAGAUCCCUGGCAACAUGUUCUAGACGCUUCACAGUACAGGUAAAAGUGUUUUAUGUAAGGAAUUUUAGCCCUAUCUUUCAGCCCAGCAUGCCUGAGCAACUCCUCAGUCACAUUUACCCCUCAAUCCUACAUCAGUGAAGAUUGUCUUUAUCUCAAUAUCUUCACAAGUGAAAAGUGUCUGGUAAGAAUGAAGAAAUCAAACUUCUCAAACCAUGCGACGUUUGUUAUCGGUUCUAGGCACAAAAGUGUCCCGUGAUCGUCUAUUAUCAUGGCGGCUCUUUCAAUUUGGACUCUGCCACCAUGUUUCCGGAUUCAUUCAUUCUUGAAAGAUACGUGGCGGAGGGCGUCGUUUUUGUGAUACCCGCGUUUCGAUUAGGCGUUUUUGGACAGUUUUAUCUAGGGGAAACCGGAAUCAUUCCAGCGAAUCUUUUGAUUUAUGGUAGGUAACGAGAAAUAGAAAAACGAAAGGGAAAAAUGAACAAGGAAAUCAAUUUUCAGACUGUCUUGCUUCUCUCAACUUUGUAAACAAAGAAAUUGAAAAUUUUGGAGGGAAAUCAGACGAUAUCACACUUAUGGGACACUCUUCGGGAGGCUCUUUGGUCGACGCUCUCGGGUUUUCAAGUCUUGUCGACCCUCAGCUGAAAUUAUUCCAGAAAAUGAUUGUUCUCAGCUCACAUUCGCUAUUCGGUUUUGCGGAUAUUCAAAUCAACAAUUCAAUAGAAAUUUCCAGACGGCUAGGGGUUUGAACAAAGAGUAAUGAUCUGAUCGUCUAAAACGUUUUCAGUGUUCAAAUGCAACCGGAGAGGGAAUAGUAAGCUGCAUGCAAAAGCUGGAUGCCCGAGAUAUUCUUCAAACCCAAAAAGAAAUGGAGGAAAAUGAUCAUUUGUUUUUCAAAAGUAUCAUCCGAGCUGGACCAAUCAUGAAGUUCAACGAGCGUAUUGCUGAUUUCAAACAGAAUGCGCCAGUGAGUAUUUUUUCAUGAAAUAGUUCUUUAUGUUUCUUAUACAGGCAAGAAAACUGUUGUGUGGUGUGACGGAGUAUGAGUUUGAAAAGUUCAAAUAUAAUGAUUACUACGUCUCCGGCAGCUUUUUAGACUUUGAAAAUCCAAUCGAGACUGUUAUGACGUAUCGCAACAAUUUCACGAAUCUCAGUCGGUCAAGCCUCAUAAUUGACAUGAGAUAUUGGAGAAAUUUCUGAAUUUUCAGCCUCUGCAACGGUGAACAGUGACAGUUCUUCAGUAUUUGUCUCAGCUGCCACGUACUCGGAAGCCAUUGUGAAUGCAGGCGGAGAAGUAUAUCUGUUUGAAACGAGACAAAAACCGUACAGUAUGCACGUUUCCGACAUGCAAUAUUUCAUAGGCAUACAUCGAGAAGCAAUUCAUACCAGUGAUAUGGAUGUGUUAGACAGCUUUUACUCGAAAAUGCUGGUGAACUUUACAAAGUUCGGAGAGCCAUCUCCUAGUGAGUUUUUUCAGAUGUCACUCUGUUUCUGAUUGGAAAUUGUGGAUUUCAGAUUGGGAAAAAUUGAACCCUGCAAAAAUGAAUUUCCUUGCUCUCGAAGUGGACAGUGAGCAGGGAAUAGGGCCCAAGAUGGAGGACGGAUUCCACGAGGAACUUGUAGAUUUCUGGAUGAUCGAUAUGAUGGAAUUGGACAGAAAUAUAACAGAACAAGUGCUAGGGUUAUAAGAUCCUAGUGAAGUUCUAAAUUUCAGAAGAAAAACGGUAAAGUUCCAGUGCAACCGUCAAAAGUUCCGGAAGUUCCGGAAGCUUCGAAAAUUCCGGAAUCGUCAACUACAACUACUGUCGACACGACGAUUCAACCUCAAACAGAGUCCCCACCAGUUGAAGAAGGUUCUUCUGUGAUCUACCAACAAUGGUGGUUUUAUGUUAUCAUUAUUUUCUUCGUCCUUGUUCUAAUUUUUGUAUGCAUUGUUCUCAUGAGAUCCACAAGAACGGAACGUCAACCGCUUCUUGGGUGAACUCACUUUUAUGACUUAUUGAUAUCGAAAUGAACAUCAUUGUACAUACAUAUUGACACACCAACGUGUACUGUUAGUGCAUUAGUGCGGCAGUGGUCACUCAAAAUGCUGCAAAACAGUGCAAUUUUCUUUUUUUUUGCGAUCACUAGCUGCGUUUUUGUUUCCAGUCAACGAAUAGUUUCAACUAGCUUUGGAGAGUUAGAAGGUAAAACAUUCAAUGGAAAUCGACACACUUUCAAGGUAAAAAUGAUUUCGAAAUCGAGUUUGCUUAGUUCCAGCAGUAUACAGCAUGUGCCAUACGCUAAACCCCCGAUAGGAGAUUUGAGAUUCCGUCUCGCCGAAUGGACAGAACCUUGGAAUGGUCUCAGAAAUGCCAGCGAAUACGGUCCCGCUUGUCCGAGUAACACGACUCUUCAUUCAGAGUCCAAUUACGCUAAGAUGAGCGAAGAUUGUCUGCAUUUGAAUGUGUUCACCAAUGAAUACUGUUUGGUAACUCUUUUUUAAAAAAUAAUUUGGUCCCAGGCGUUUUGAAUAUCUUGUGUCCAUGUCUCUUUUUGACCGUAAAUCGCUAUAUCUUGGGUUCAGAUGAUUCGAUCUGUCUGAAACUUGGACCCUCAAUACUUUUAUUCAAGUCCUAUGUAGAAGCCUGUAAUUUUUGGUCGUAUCAGAAUAUUGCAAGUCGUCUAAAAGUCCAAGCGUAGACAGACCAUCGAAAAGUCCAGGUUUUGAUAUAAAAAUCUGUUUUCAGACCUCAAAAACAUGCACAACUAUCAUCUACUAUCAUGGAGGUGGUGUGAACCUGGACAAUGCAAUAAUGUUCAAUGACACAUUCAUCUUCGAACGAUAUGUGGAUCAGAGUGAGUUUCAAGUUUAAUAAAAUGAUAGCUCCCCUUCGCAGAUAUUGUGUUUGUAAUUCCCGCGUAUCGGCUCGGAAUAUUGGGACUUUUCUACUUGGGAGACGACAAUCUGGUUCCUCAUAAUUUGGCCAUUCAUGGUACUUAUCUCCAUCCGGCUCGUUUAUAAAUCUUGUUGUCCAGAUUGCAAGCUGGCUCUGAGAUUUAUCCACCAAGAGAUCUCUCAUUUCGGAGGCAACCCCAAUGACAUCAAUCUAAUGGGACACUCAGCGGGUGCUCAUAUUGCAUUGGUCUUUGCGUUUAGCCGGUACUCUAACAGUUCGAGUUCAAAAUGUGACCUUUGACCUUUUCCUGGCAGAUCAAUCGAUCCAAACAUUCAACUGUUCAAGAAAAGCAUCGUUAUCAGUGCUCCGCCGUGCUACGACGUCCCUGAGUUGCUUAUCAAGAACUGUUACGACCUUGCCGCGCGAGUCGGGGUUUGAGGACAAUGUGGAGCGUUGAUAAUGUCAUGUUUUAUAGUGCUAUGCUCGAGACGUCACAAGCAACAAGGAAGUUGUCGAGUGCUUGCGAGGGAAAGGCUAUUAUGAGUUGAUUCAAAUGCAAAGAUCUAUGGAGGAGGAGAAGAAUCUGUACUUUUGGAAUUUCAUGAAAGGGGAACCGUUUAUGAGACUGAAUGAGAGUAUUGCGGAUUUCAAGAGGAAUGCAGUGGUAUUCAAGAUAUCGUAGAAUGGGAAAAGGCUGCAACUAGUUUAGGCGCGAGAAAUAAUGAUUGGAAACACGGUAAACGAAGUGGGUACAAAACGUCAAAGAAAAGAGAAUCCGACCAUGUCCGGAAGUUUCAUGGACUGGGAGAAUCCGUACGAAGUAGCCGAUAUGUUCAACAUGUAUCAUGAUAAUAGUCCAGGUAAUAGUCAACCUUAAUUCAAAUAGCGAAAGAGUAUAAUACAUAAUACUGGAAAUAUCAGAAGGAACAGUUUACCAAGCCUUUACCGAAGGAAUUUUCGUAUCUUCUGCCACAUAUUCGGAAGCAAUGGUUAAUGCAGGAGGAAAAGUGUUUCUAUUUCAGUCAAAGUCUCACAUUUUAGCAAUAUCUUCAAUUAGAACCAAGUUUUUCAGCCAACAACCAAAAUCAUCCCACGUUUCGGACAUGCAGUAUUUCAUUGGAAUGCACAGAGAAGACAUUCAUACUCCUGACAUGGAUAUUAUGGACACUUUUUACUCCCAGAUGAUUAUUAACUUUACAAAAUACGGAAAUCCUUCUCCAAGUAAGUCUGGGCAAGAGUUUGAUCCAGGCUCAAUCGGAUAAUUUACUCUAGAGAUAUGUGGACCGAGAGAUUUUCUCAACAAACCCGGUUUUUAGCCUUUCAUUCACAAAUCUUGGAACCAGAUAAUCCAAUAAGUUUGAAAAUUGAAUUCAAGAAUUUUUAAGCUUACAAAAUCAAAGUCCUAUGAGAAUAUGGACCCACUGGUCAAAAAAUCAGGCCUCAAAAAGCCAGUUAUAAACAUUUCUGAAAAUAGACUGGAAACCGUUGAACCCGGCAAAAAUGAACUACUACGCAUUGGAAGUGGACACGGCACGCGGAAUUUGGCCGAAAAUGGAAGAGAAAUUUCAUGAAUCAGACGUCAACUUCUGGUACAUCAACAUGACGGCGUUUGACAAAGAGGUGACUCGACAGGUACGCUUUUACGCUUUCACGCCUUCUCGCCACCCAAAUUGAUUUCAGAAAAUGGUCAAUUCAAAAGGACCCAUGCAUCCGGGACCCGUAAUUCUUGCCUCUUCAGCUUCACAUGAAUCAUGGUGGUUCUACGCACUUAUCGUCGUCGUGGCCCUCAUUAUAUUCUACCUGAUUUAUGCCAUAAAACGCACAUUUUUCAAAAGCCCGGCGGUCGGCGAGACCACCGUGCUUCUUAAAUGA